AUGGAUCCAUCAUCAUUUCUGUGGCACUCGAGCCAGCCUGAACCCAGCUCGCAUACGACACAACACCCUCUGACGGGCUUACAAGGCUCAAUGCCCAAUGGCGGCGCGGUCCGGAUGCAGCAGGGCGGACAGAAUGCAUGGGGACCCGAUGUUGGGUAUCUCAACGGUCGACUAGACCCUCAAACUCUCCAGCAAGGAAUGUAUGACCCAUCCUGGAACUACGGCCUCUACCCCGAGUACGAUGACGCGCACGCACUGGGAAUAAAUCCUACAAAUCUACUAACCCAAUCGAAUCGGACCGCGAACGGCUUGUCGACUGGAGACGCACCAACCACCGUCGACCCCAAAAUGAUGAGCGUCGCGUCCUCGGCGUAUCCGCAAUACCUCCCUCCGACUGCGGCUCAGUUUCGCCCUUCGUCGUAUCAAUCCACUUCAAAUCUUGCCGGCUAUCCGCCAAUGCUUGCACUUUCCGCAAUGGAUUCGACACUAGGGGAUGCCCUCGACUAUGAACCGACUCCAGAGACUCUCUCUGAACAACCAUCGACCCCUCCGACCGCCUCAACUCCUCCAGCACCACCCGCAAAGCCUCUCAUUGACCAAGUAAAAUCCCUUCUCACGCCAAAGCACCUCGACAAGGAUCCGCGUGGGACGGCGGAGAAGCUGUUUAGUUUAUUGAUUGUUUCCGCUGACCAGGACAAGGUGUCCUUUGUCAAUACAGAUAAAGAUACCCGUAUGGAGGUUUUGACGAGAAUACGAGACCACGCCCCGAAAGAGUUUUACACUCUCUACGGCAAGAACCUUGACGCGUUGGUCCUCCUUCGAGACUGGGGUAAAGACGCUGUCAAGAAGGAGGCCUAUAUUGAGACAGCAAUGAACUGGUUACAAGUCGUUGAUAAGAUUCCAAUAACGGUUCCGAUGCUGGUCGAGUCGGGCCUAGGCAAGAUUGUAAAGUUCCUCGCUGACCGUCCGCCUACCCGAGUGAACGCAAACAAGACGACAAAGAAGCGAAAAGAGGAGCCAACACCACCAGCAAAGAAUGCUUCCCUUGCGUCGACAACACAACCAGCUGCGAAGAAGGCGGUUAUUACGACGGCGAGUGGGGCCAAGCUUGCGGUGCGUAGGGACAGCGCCGGUUCUCCGGCGUCGACACCCGCACCUUCAGCAUCAUCUUCUGCUACUGCUUCCACAUCGACGUCGGCGUCGGCGUCGGCGUCGGGUGCUGGACCGGUCAAGGGCGCACAAUCCGACUCGAGCUUUUUCUCCAAGCCAAAGGCCAAAUUACCGAGUUUCCGCAAAAAGGUGCCUAUUCCGACUUCCUCUACUUCCUCCACUGCGUCCAAAGACGAGUCGACACCACCUGCGACGAUGGAUUAUACUUUUGAAGAUGCGCUCAAGGCCGUGCGCAAAGGGUCGCCUGCUGUGGGUCCGAAUCCGGUUUCCAGCUCGAAUACGAUUAUUGCAUCCGAGACGAGUGUGAGUGGUAUUAGUGCGAAGACGGGCAAGCCGAAGAAAUCUGUCCGGUUUGCGCCAGAUGGCGAGUUGGAGAAGAUACGGUGGAUAGAAAAGGCUAUCUAUGAUGGUGAUACUGUUCAUGGAUCGGUUCAUGCGCAGAAUUAUCGUGACAUGGACAGAGCAGAAGGGAAUCUACUUCGACAUAUGAUAGAGCAGAUUGAGUGGUACGAACCACCUCUCGUGGCCAUUCCCUUGGAUAUUCAAUCCGUAAAUCGAGGCGAGCUAUCAAAAGAAGCCAAGGCGCAAGAAGAACGAGAGGCGUCGACGUUGGCUGCAGUCUACCAAGGCGCACCUCCAGAUACACCCGUCGAACCUCCACAUCUAGCUUCCUUACCUCUCACCCCAGACGAAUCGUCAACAAAGGCGAUACUUUUAGGCACGGACAUUGACGAUCUCGUCCAAGGAUCGAAACCGCCCGAGUUGGCCCAGGUAGACAGCUUGCUCAGCACCCUCGGCAGCUCGAGUACGCCAGAUCCAUAUGCAUCACUCUAUCCGGCAACAGCUCAGCAAGCACCAACGACCCAGAUUGUGGACCUGCUCAAUAUGGUUCGGGGUCUGCCGCAACCUAAUGACUCGUCGACGAAUCCCUAUGGCGCAACGAAUCAGCCCUCGACUCAGUCGUAUAGCGGACCAGCUAUAGGUAGCGAUGCGGUCGCGUUGUUGAACGCGCUCAAUGCAAUCACAGGCCAGAGCAACCUGUACGCGACAACGACCAAUGGUUAUGGGUACGGUGCGUCUCAGGAUGCAACGUAUGGCGGAUCCACGACGUCUACUGGAUACACUGCACCACCUCCAAACGCAUUACCCCCUCCAUUACAUACUGCCAUGCCGUCUACCGGUCGAGAUGAGGAUGAGGAUAGAUGGAAGCGUAGCUCGAAACCCGACUCGGGAAAGGCAAACAAGAAGCAUGUACCUGCCAGUCAAAACACGUGGCGGCCUCUUUGUACGUUCUUUGCUCGUGGAAGAUGUCGUUUUGGUGAAAAUUGUGAUUUCUCGCAUGACCCGGCCAAACUCCAGUCCAGCUCGUGA